AUGACUGAGGUCGGGUCUGCCGACCUUUCGAGACUGCUUCAAUCAAAGCGUCAUGAGUGCAGUUCAAUUGUGACGUCGCGGAAGCGCAAGCUGCGUGAGCUCUUCGCUGUCGCGACACAGGUAGAGAACCUUCCACACACAGUCCUAGCGAACCCCGACGCGCCCACCACAACACCUGCAGAAUGGCAGUUCCUGCAAGCCAACGAUAUCUUCCAAGGCAAGACAUUCAACGAGUCCAACAUCCCCGCGAGGCCGGCUCUCUCCCUUGAAGCCUUGAAGAAGUCACUGGCUAAAUCAGCUUUCGAUGCGACCGAGGCUUUACCACCGCCGGCGUUGGACGAGGGGAGGAAGGAUGUUGUACCAAGAGCCCAGGAUAAUGCAUCAUCGAACAGAACCCCUUCAACUAUCAAACCCGAUCCAAGCAAUGUUCCUCCCAUAGUUCCUACACCAAAGAUUGCUUCGAAACCGACUCCCGCUGCUUGUGGCCCUCAUGCGCCAUUACAACCCGCUCGACCUGUGCCACCGCCGACGAAUGGGCUCGUGAAGCCCGUUGCAACUCCUAACUCCGCGACGCCAAUCCCGCUUGAUGCCAGCAAGAAUCAGCCCCAGAAUCGUACCGGUGUCGUCGCGGGAGUUGGGCACGUUGCCCCCCUGCGGCAGACACCUGUCACGCUCCCUGCCGGGAUGAAAGUACCACCAGCAACGGAAACGAAAGCCGAGACACCAGUUGAGACCAAGGUUGCUCCCGAAGCGAAGGCCCCUGCCACGACAAAGCCUGGUUCCUUGUUAACUAAGCCCACCGCGGAUAGUUCUCGAGCGCCAGAUGCCAUGUCCUCCCCGGGAUCGACUGCACAGAGUGCCACAACGCCUGCGGUUCACGAUGUAUCAGCAAACACGAGCCCGGAGAAUGAGGGACCCCAGUACAACGAACCUGUGGACCAGAAGCCUGAACAAGAUGUGGGUGCUAAGGAGAUGGAGGCGCCUCAUGCUGUGGAAGAACCUGCGCAAGAGGAUCUUCAGACACGGGCCCUGAACGCACCUCCAGAUUCUGCCGAGGCCCAGCUUCUCCAGGAGUCGAUUCGAUCGAACACCGUUGUGGCAAGCCCUGCGCCUGAGCCAAAACAGCCUGCGCCAGCUGUGGUAAAGGAGGAUAUCAGCGCACCUGCAAGGCCAGUCAAGCCUACCCUUGUGGUCGAGACCAAGCUUGAGCAACCGACUCCAAGUGACGAGACCAAGCCAAGGUUGGAUGCCGAGGUCAAGGAUGUUACAGCGAAAGAAAUUCCCGAUAGUCAGGAGGAAAUUUCGGAUCAAAUGGACAUUGAUGGCCCCGAGCCAAGCGACAACCAACAAACUCAAACCGAUUCCUCCGUUAAGAAAGAAAACCUUGUCACCGAGGCCCCAUCCACUCCCGUGCCGACAGAAGCAGCACAGAGAGAAGUUUCCCAAGUAUCUGAACGAGCCGUUACUAGAGUCUCUUCUGGAGCAUUGCGACUCAAAUCUGUGAACGAAAUCGUUGGAGUUACCCCACGUCCUACUCCGACUCUCGAGCGAACUGUGACGAGCAAGAGCUUCGACAACCAGCUCACACCCCUUACUUCUACCCCCCAAUCCCCGAGCAUCAGACAUCGAAACAUUCCCACCCACCGUCGAGAAAGAUCCAGAAGCCAGCCUUCCACCGUCCUGUUUGGAAAACAACCCAAGCGGGCUGACGAGAAGACGAUGGUCUCGAAUCAGCGAGACACGAUCCAAUCCACCGAUGACUACUACACCCCCUUAUUCGUUCAGGGCUUUGCAGGAAGUUCUUCCUGGAUGCAGCCUAUCGAGAAAAUACUCUUUACUGCUAACAAAACCGUUGCAACCCCUGACGCCAAUCUGGCAAUUCAAGAUCAUCAAGCCUGCAAAGUGCUUCGAAGAGUAUACCAUUUGCAGCAGCACGACAAAUGGUCUUUACGUCAACCGAAGCGCUGUCCAGAGCCGACUCGUCCUCCAUCUCAAUGGGAUGUAAUGCUCCAAGAGAUGAAGUGGAUGCGGACCGACUUUCGAGAAGAGCGCAAGUGGAAGAGGGCUGUUGCCAAAAACCUUGCAUACGCUUGCGCGGAAUGGCACGAAUCUACGCCCGAGGAACGCAAGACUCUCCAGGUCUCUACCGUGACCCCCCCUAAGCCACGGGCGGCAGGAGAUAUGUCGAUGGCUGAUGUCGAUGAGGACGGUGUCGAUAACCAGCCGACUCCGGACCUCGUUUCGUCAGGCGACAUCGACAGCCCUGACAAUAUGGAUGAGUUGACUGAUGACUUCAUGGAAACGGUUGCGCCUUCUGCCAUCUUCGCUCUCCAGGAUGAAGAUGUCGUCUUUGGCUUACGGAGAACGCCUAUUGCUGAUCAGUUGCUGGAGGAGCUGCCAAUGUACGGACCACCACUAAAGGUGCCCAAGUUCGACCUUACCGGCCCCGAGUACGAUCCAGAUGCCCAUUGGCGACGACCAGCUCUCCCGCUCAGCAAGUAUGUCGAGGGGCAGAUGAAGUUGGUUUCAGACGGUCCUCCUAGAAAGCGUAGCCGCUAUGAUUAUCGAAACGAAGACUCCGAGGAUGAGAGUGAGAGCGUUUUUGCUGGCAACGAAAAGUCGUCGGAUAUCAGUGUUCCACCACGGACCAACGAAGUUGCACUGUUCGACCCCGAAAUGAGGCAUAUUCGCGAUCGUCUGUACGCUGGUCACCAAUUCAGACCGCCUUCGGAGCAUCCUAUGCCCACACAGAGCUUUUACGAAUGCAGAAGUUCGUCGCAGUGGACACCGGCGGAGGAUGACGAGCUGCGAUCGCUUGUCCGAGAGCACUCAUAUAACUGGUCUUUGAUUUCCAGUCUCCUAUCUACCAAGUCGCUUUUCACUUCUGGUGCCGAGCGGCGGACACCAUGGGAGUGCUUUGAGAGAUGGAUCAACCUGGAGGGGCUUCCGGCUGACAUGCAGAAGACGCAAUACUUCAAGGCCUAUAACAGUCGGAUUGAAGCAGCGCAGCGCGUUAUUAUGCAGCAGCAUCAGUUGGCUGUACAGCAGGCCAACUCGGCUGGUGGUGCCGUUACUCCAGUCCGACGGCGACAUUCGACGCCACUGAGAGUGGAGAGGCGACGCAACCAGAAACAUCUGACACUUAUCGACGCUAUGAGGAAGCUGGCUAAGAAGCGAGAGACGACGAUUCAGAAGCAGCAGCAUACUGCAUCUCAGAAUGCUGCCAACAAGAAGACGAACGACCCUGUCUCACAGCGCCCGACCAAGACCCCACGAGAUUACAGCCUGUUGCGCUGGGAGCGUGACCAAGCUCUGGCAGAAAAGAUGGCGCAGUAUGCGCAGAGGCAGGAGACUCAACGACGAGCUGCUAUGGUUGCUAGAGCCGCCCAAGGUCAAGCCGCGCAAAUGGCUGGAAAUCCAGGGGCCGCGCAAGCUGGUCAGAACAGUGUCCACGCUGCUGCGGCGGCCGCGGCGGCAGCCGCCGUAGUUGGUAACAACAUGAACGGCGUCGGUCGAGUCAAUGUUCCAAACCAGCUUGCCGCAGCUGCAGCCGCAGCUGCCGGUCAGGCUCGGCCUCGGAUGCCGAUGCAAUCUCCUGCUAACGGCAUGGCAGGUGUGCCGUCACACAUGGCUGGUGGCCUCGUCCCGCCGACGCAGAUGAACGGCGUACCACAGGCCCAGAUGCAGGCUGCCAUGCAAGGACAGCACAACCGCAUGCCUAUGCCCAACCCUCAACCAGAUGUUAACCUGAUGAUACGUGCCCAGCGCAUCUCAGAGCAGCAGAGAGCUGCCGUUCAGAUGCAACAGUCUCAAGUCCCCGGGACACCCAGCCAGGCAACGAAUACACAACAGAGUCCGCCCCCUAACAUGCGCAACGGCGUGAACGGUGUCAAUGGCGUUAACGGCAUCAGCCAGCAGACCUUCAUCAACAAUGCCCAAGCCAUGAUGGCGUCGUUCAACGCUACCAACAACAACCACUCCACUCCUCCGGCCAACGGCCUCCAUAUGCCCUCCGGUCCGGCCGGCUCUCCAGCACCUCGCCCGCCGCCGCAGCUCCCGCCCGGUAUCGCCAACCAACUUAACCAGCUCGAGGCCCAGUUCCGGGCCAAAAACCCGAAUCUCACUCCCGAGCAGGUUCGCCAGCUUGCCACAGAGCAUCUCACCCGCGCCAUGAUGGCCCAGCGCCAGUCAGCCAUGAAUGCUGCCGCCGGAGCUAAUGGCCAACCCGGCCUAGCUGGCAGUAUCGCUGCUACAACCAGCCCUCACCAGUACGCCGCUCUUCUCCGCCAACAGCAGCAAGCCCAGGCCAGCCAAGCCGCUGGCAGUCCCGCGCAACACCAGCGACAAGCCAGCGGGAGCGCCACACCAUCAGUGGGCAAGUAA